UCAUGUGAACACCCUUUAAAAGGGCAGAGGCGCAGAAUGUCCCAGCGGGUGGCUGACAAACAAACGGACAACCAAGUAGCGGAUUGCGUUGUAACAAAAUAUGUCUUUGUACCGAAACUCAGCGUGGUUCCUUAAAGGAUUCAUCGAAUUUACAAAGGGAGCAUUUGAGUCUGCAUCAAAACAUUUUAUAGAAAAAGAUGUGGAAGUCUCUGUGGCAGGUCGAUCUUUCUUGAUCACUGGAGCUAACAGUGGCAUUGGCAAAGCAGUGGCCAUGGCCAUUGCUAAAAAAGGUGGUACAAUCCACAUGGUAUGCAGAAACAAGGACAAGGCUGAGGAAACCAGAGCAGAGAUUAUCAAGGAGUCUGGAAACAAAGAAGUCUAUGUGCACAUCCUGGACCUAUCUGAGACCAGGAAGGUAUGGGAGUUUGCAGAGGCAUUCAAAAAAAGAUACAAAAUGCUCAAUGUUCUGAUCAAUAAUGCAGGUUGUAUGAUGACUAAGCGAGAAGUGAAUGCAGAGGGCUUUGAAAAGAGUUUUGCCGUUAACUCACUUGCCAUGUACAUUCUCAUCAAGAGCCUGAUUCCCAUUUUGGAAAAGAGCACUGACCCCAGAGUGAUCACAGUGACAUCAGGCGGGAUGUUGGUGCAAAAACUACGUACAGGAAAUUUGCAGUCACAGAGAGGCAGAUAUGAUUGCACUAUGGUAUAUGCCCAGAACAAGAGGCAGCAAGUGGUGAUGACAGAACAGUUUGCUAAAGUUCACACAAGCAUCCACUUCUCAGUAAUGCAUCCUGGCUGGGUGGAUACACCAAUGAUUGCAAAUGCCAUGCCUGACUUCUACCACUCAAUGAAAGCGCGUUUGCGAACACCAGAACAGGGAGCUGACACUAUGGUGUGGCUCGCAGUGUCUGAGGCUGCAGUCACAAAUCCCAGUGGGAGAUUUUUCCAAGAUCGAAGGAUGGUAUCAGCCCAUCUGCCACUGGCCUGGACACAUAGUUCCCAAAUGGAAGAUGAGAAGUUCAUGAGCGUUAUGGAAGAGAUAGCAAAGGGUUUCCAACCUAAUUGAACAUACAAAGAGAAACAGAAUCACUUCAACACAAAUGUUAGCCAUACAACACACAGUGGACAGUUUCCCUUUAAAUACAUACAUUGCCAUUUAUGUAACACACAUACACAUUAUGCAGAUUAGGUAAGAAUACAGAAACCGAACUAAAAAAAAAUUAAUACACACAAUUUACCCUAUAUUUAACUAAUAAUAUAUUUAAAUGUUGGGUCUCCACUAGGUAUUACUCGUUGUAAAUAUGAACACUUCAUGGUUCAGGGUGCAAAACAGUUUGCAAACAGUGAGAAUGUUUCCAGUAAAAAUGACAUACAUCCAUUUGCAUUCAUAUUAAAAUAUUUUGUCCAUGUUGUUACAGAAUGUUUUUUGCCUUUUAUGCCAUCUCAUUGGUUUACCCAUGGGUUUUCAGUAAUGUACAGUGACUUCAGCUGAUCUGGUCAACCAGGUGGGAACCUGCUUAGACCAAAAUCACUCUCAUUCUUCACCCAGUGAACCAGUGAGUGGUCUCAUGUGCAUUCUGUCUGUAAAGUUGUAAUGUCUGGAUCUGUAGAAUGGUUCAACAAUUACUCUUAAUAUGCAAAAUGUUUUUAAAAUGUUUUACUGUUUUACUAUGUUAUGAGCAAAUAAUGUUUUGUGGUUUUUUUUUGUUUUGUUUGUUUACUAAGGUGUUAAUUGUAACUAAACAUGUAAACUACUCUGUUAUAUGACCCAUGGUACAUAAUUAAUAAAUGUCUAUAUAAAUAAA